AUGGGGGUGAUAAGUCGUAUGGACGACGGCAGCGAGGAACGGAGGAAUGGUGCCACAGCCGCGCCCCUCGACGGCGUCGCGAACGGCAAGAAGAAAAGCAAGAAAAAAAUUAAGGGCCGCGCAGCAGGCAACGCGGCGCAGCCCGCGGAAGCGGGCACCGAGAAUGGAAACAGUUUGUCGGGCAGCAGCAGCAGCAGCAGCAGCAGCAGCAGUGCGGCGCUGCCGAGCCAGGGCGAGGUGGAGAAUCGUUUCCACUGGCGCGUGCAGGUCAAGAAGGGCAAGGGCCGAUGCGCCAUCGCUAGCAAGGCGUUCGUGCGCGGGGACGUGGUGCUGAGGGAGACGGCGCUGCUGUUCGCGCCGCGGGACGCGUACCACGCGGCGCUCUGCCACUGCUGCGGACACACGUUCGGGGACAGCGGGCAUGGCAGUCAAGGCACCCAGUCGUCGCCCCUCCCGUGCCAUGGCUGCGGCUUCGCUGUCUUCUGCUCCGAGUGCGCCCCAUCAGCGCAGCCCAGGCACAGCGCGUUGUGUCCGCUCUUCCGCGCCCUGCCUGCCAUCGCACGCUCCGCUGACUGCUCGCCUGACCUCCUCCGCCUGCUCCUCUGCAUGGCUCAGGCGCAGCAUGGGGCGGCACAGCAGCAGCCCACGUGCGGCCACGCACUGCAUCAGCAUCAGCAGCAGCCGUCCAAGGGGUCGCCCACCGCCGCCUCUCUCAGCCCCAUCACGCCCACCUUGCAGGACGCGCUGAGCCUGUCAGCCAAGGACGCCUCCCACCAGCCCGAGUGGGCAGCGGCAGUUGCUGCCGCCUGCUCUGCUCUCACCACCGCUGCUGCUUCCCUGCCGCUGCUGUCGGAUGGGCAUAAGGGGGAGGAAGGGGAGGGAGGCGGAGGGGAGGGCAGCAGGGCAGGAGUAGGUGCGAACAUGCCGCUUCUUCCGGACACAGCAACACUGCAGCGGUGGGCAGCGGUGUUGGGCAACAACGUGCAUGGCAUGGGCGCACACGGCCCUCUCAACACCGACAUUGCUGUCGGCCUCUUCCCCUUCGUCUCCAUGCUCAACCACUCCUGCCGCCCUAACUGUUGCUUCGCAUCACAGGGCAACACCAUGGUAGUGCGCGCCACAUGCCACAUUGACAAGGGCGCAGAGCUAUGUGUGUCCUACAUCAACCUGUACGAGAGCAGGGAGAGCCGGCAGCAGCAGCUGCUGGAGUCGAAGCACUUCAUCUGCGCGUGUGACAGGUGCUCCGAGCCCCUCCCUCUCUCCUCCGACCGCCUUCUAGAGGGUGUGCUCUGUCGCAGCAGCAGCUGCACGGGCACUCUCUACCGGUCCUCUCCCCGCCGCUUCCCUCCCCCCUCCGCCUCCGCCUCUACCUCCGCCUCGGGCCCACCCGUCCUCCCCUCCUCGUCAACCCCCCUGCCGUCUGCAAAGAAUGGAAGCUUGAACGAGGGGCAGCAGUGGCAGUGCGACGCAUGUGGGGUGGUGGUCGCAGAGGGGGCGCAGACGGAAGGAGCCCCGGGAAGGGAGGAUGAGGCGGAGGAGGUGGGGGGUGAGGAUGGGGAAGGGACGGGUGCAGACGAGAGCGUGGCGAAUGGUGGAGAAGCAGGGGAGAAUGGGUUGGAAAACGGUGCUGCGGCAGCGGCGGUCAGGGGAGGGGGGAAGGCCAAGGGCAAGGGCAAGGGGAAAGGAAAAGGGAAGGGGAAGGGGAAGGGGAAAGGGGGGAAAGGGGGCGAGCGAGAAGGCGGAGGAGGAGGGGGAGCGGGGGGAGGGGGGAAGGGCAACGGGAGCGGGUGGGGGACGGGGGGACCGUGGGAGGUGGAGGGUGCAGCGCGGGCAGCCCUGCAGCAGUGCAUGGCGCUGUAUGAGAGCCCCCACCGUGACUCCAAGGCGUGCCUUGCUGCCCUCUCCGCCUUCCAGUCCACCUACUCCAAAACACUGCACCCGCGCCACGUGCUGCUAUUCGACAGCCUCACCCCAUCGCUCAACUGUGCGCGGGCCCUCUCAGACUACACACAGGCCAUGCGCCACGCACUUGCCCUCGUGGAUGGGCUCUCUGCCGUGGCGCCCUCUGCUGUGCUCGAGGCUGCCAACUUCGCCCAUGCUGCCAGUGAACUUGCUGCUCUGCGUGCUGCAUCUGCUGCUCCUGCCCUCGAACACCGACUCACCAAACAGAGUGAGGAGUGGGCGAGCAAGGCAAGGGAGCUGCGCAUUGUUGGACUGGGAGUUGACAAUGUCGCCUGA